AUGUCUCCAGUCUUACCUGCUUUCUUCUAUCUUGGGCUGUGUGUACUGCAAGCGAUGCAAGCACAGAGUGGCCCAUUCCCUAAGCCUUCACUCUGGGCUGAGCCCAGUUCCCUGGUGGCCCUGGAGCAGUCAGUCACUCUGAGGUGCCAGGGGCCUCCGGUUGUGGAUUUAUAUCGCCUGGAGAAACUGAAAUCUCAGAAAUAUGAAGAUCAAAACUUUCUCUUCAUUAAGAGCAUGCAAAUAAACCAUGCUGGACGCUACCGCUGCUCAUAUCAGAAUGGGAGUCACUGGUCUCCCCCAAGCGACCACCUUGAGCUAAUAGCUACAGGCGUUUAUGGCAAGCCCACCCUCUCAGCUUCUCCGAGCUCAGCAGUUCCUCCAGGCAGGAACGUGACUCUGAAGUGCCGGACUAAACAUGGUUUUGAUCAAUUUGCUCUACACAAAGACCAGGAUACUGGGCUUUAUAAGAAACAUGAGAGAUGGUACCAGGCUAAUUUCCCCAUCAUCAAAGUGACUGCUGCUCACAGUGGGACUUACCGGUGUUACAGCUUUUCCAGCUCAUCUCCAUACCUGUGGUCAGCCCCCAGUGACCCCCUGGUGCUUGUGGUUACAGGACCCUCUGCCACUCCCAGUCAGGUACCCACAGAGGUACCAUCUCCCACAACAGAAUCCCCCAGGAGAUCUUCUAUCUUACCCUCAACCAAGGUAUCUACAGCUGAGAAGUCUAUGAAUAUCACUGUCUCUCCAGAGGGGUGAAGUCCUUUAUUUGGGUUUUCCCACCAGCACUAUGCCAACGGGAAUCUGGUCCGGAUAUGCCUUGGUGCCAUGAUUAUAAUAUUCCUAAUGGGGCUUCUGGCGGAGGAUUGGCACAGUCGGAAGAAACGUCCACCACCCAGAAUCAGAGCUGUGCAAAGACCACUCCCACCCCUCCCACUGGCCUAGAAAUAACAUGACUUGUAGGAUAGAGGUUGAUCAGAUGAUCAUAACCAUGGGCACCACCAUUAGAACCUCAGACACGGAUAUAAACAAAAAUGGGUAGGUUUUAUAAAGAAUGUGUAUGGAGAAUGACUCAGUUAACAAGGUAGGAUGGAGGGCCAUACACCUUCUAGGUGUUCAAUAAAACAGUGGAGCCAAUGUCUUCUUUGCUCUAAGAAUUUGUUAUGUUAUGGGAAAAUUUAGGGAAGGUCUAUCUUUUUUAUAUCUUGCACAUUGUAGACCUCAUAAUAGACUUCUGUAAUGGCAUUUCUUC